GCAGCCGUCAUGUCUCUACAGGCUGACUUCGACAAGAUUUCAGCAGAAGUGAGAAAGCUGAAAGCAAGGCCAGAUGAUGAAGAGCUUAAAGAACUCUAUGGACUCUACAAACAGUCCAUCAUUGGAGACAUCAACAUUGGUUGUCCAGUCUUGUUAGAUAUGAAAGGCAAAAUUAAAUGGGAAGCAUGGAACCUCAAAAAAGGGUUGUCGAAAGAAGAUGCCAUGAGUGCCUACAUUUCUAAGGCAAAAGAGCUGAUAGAAAAAUAUGGAAUUUAGAAUUCAGCAGAUGAGAAAGUUCUCCUUUUGAAGCCUCCAUCAUGUUACUAUGAUCUAACACUUAGGGGAGCAGUGCACCAAAACACUUUCAGUAUCAUGAAUCUUUCUGCUACUCAUCUAAAUUGUAAUCAUGAAUUAAAGACAUGCCAUAUUUAAUGAAUACAUUUUAAAAUUUUAAAGACUAAAAAAAAAAAGAAAGAAAGUCUGCAGGAGCCUCUCUCUUUCUCUCUCCUCUUUUCAGUUUCUCUAUCUCUACUCAAAACAAAUAGAUCAAAUGUUAAAAAGACAACUCCAUAAAAAAAAGAAAUGGAUUUUCCACAGCAAAAGAAAAAACAAAAACAAACAAACAAAAAAUCGCAUCUAUGCAGCAUACCACAGAAAAAUUCCCUCUCUCAAAAAGAUAAAAUCUGGGGGCCAGGUAGUAAUGCACUGAGUUGAGCACAUAUAUAGCCAUGUUCAUGUACCUGGGUUCAAGCUCCUGGUCGCCAUCUGCAGCAGGGAAGCUUCACAAGUGGUAAAGCAGAGCUAUAGACCUCUCUCUCUCUCUCUCUCUCUCUCUCCCUCCUUCUCUAUG